GAAGCUACAGGAUGAGUCAGGAGGGGCUGAGCCCACUGGGGAAGUGGUGAAAAUGCCAGUGCGCUGGCUUGUGUGGCUUGGUCACCUACCUUCCUUUUAAGUUGCCUUUCCCAGCUGCUGGACUAGGGCACUAGCCCCAGGGGGAAACAGACGGUUCUCACAUCCAAUGAGGGUCAUCACAAAGUGAGACCCAAGGAAGCCAGAGUCAGCACCAGCCCCGCCUCCUGUUGUUCCUGGUUGUUAAUCCCCCAGCACCAACCGCUCAGAAGGGAUUGGCUGAGGCGACUGGAGAGGGGGCGUCGUCACGGCCUCGCCCAAGGGUUAAAUAGGGGUUCAGGCAAGCUUGCAAGAUGCUCCUGGGACGUGCUUUCUCUCGUGGGCUUCCUGAAUCAGACCAUGACCCAAGCCCUCAAGCGGGCCACCAAAGUGCUCCAUCGCGUCCGCUGGGCUCCGGAGCUGGGCGCCUCAUUGGACAUCCGAGGCCCCGACUCAGCACCUCGGAGUCUGGCGGACCUCCCAGGCCCCUCUAUGCCCAGCUUCCUGGCUGAAGUUUUCUGCAAGGGGGGGCUGUCGAGGCUGCACGAGCUGCAGGUCCAGGGCGCCGCGCGCUUCGGGUCGCUGUGGUUGGGCAGCUUCGGGACAGUGCGCACAGUGUACGUGGCCCACCCCGCGCUCGUCGAGCAGCUGCUGCGGCAGGAGGGACCUCGGCCUGAGCGCUGCAGUUUCUCGCCGUGGGCUGAGCACCGUCGCAGCCGCCAGCGGGCUUGCGGACUGCUUACCGCGGAGGGUGAAGAAUGGCAGAGGCUCCGCAGCCUCCUGGCCCCGCUCCUCCUCCGGCCUCAGGCGGCCGCGGGCUACGCCGGAACCCUGGAUAGCGUGGUUCGUGACCUUGUGCGGCGACUGAGGCGCCAGCGGGGACGUGGCACCGGGCCACCCGCCCUGGUUCGGGAUGUGGCGGGGGAGUUUUACAAGUUUGGACUAGAAAGUGAGUCCCCACACGGAGCCAGGGGUGGGCGUCGGGGGCAUGCAGCCCUGGUUGCCCAGGGCCCUGACAGCGCCCCCUCCCGGCCAGGCACAGCCGCGGUGCUGCUGGGCUCGCGCCUGGGCUGCCUGGAGGCUGAGGUGCCGCCCGACACGGAGACCUUCAUCCGCGCGGUGGACUCCGUGUUCGUGUCCACGCUGCUGACCAUGGCGAUGCCCAAGUGGUUGCACCGCCUGGUGCCGGGACCCUGGGGCCGCCUCUGCCGGGACUGGGACCAGAUGUUUGCAUUUGCCCAGCAGCACGUGGAGCGGCGAGAGGCCGAGGUAGCCACGGGGACCCAGGGAAAGCCGGAGGACACGGCAUCCGGGGCGCACCUCACUUACUUCCUGCUCCGGGAGAAGUUGUCUGCCCAGUCCAUCCUGGGGAAUGUGACAGAGCUACUACUGGCCGGUGUGGACACGGUGUCCAACACGCUUUCCUGGGCCCUGUAUGAGCUGUCCCGGCAUCCUGAAGUCCAGAUGGCACUCCACUCUGAGAUCACAGCCGCCCUGGGCCCUGGCUCCUGUGCCCACCUGCCAGCCGCCCUUCUGUCCCAGCUGCCCCUGCUGAAGGCUGUGGUCAGGGAAGUGCUAAGACUGUACCCUGUGGUGCCUGGGAAUUCCCGUGUCCCAGACAGAGAUGUCCGUGUGGGUGACUACAUCAUCCCCAAAAGUACGCUGGUCACUCUGUGUCACUAUGCCACUUCAAGGGACCCUGCCCAGUUCCCAGAGCCAAAUUCUUUCCGUCCAGCUCGCUGGCUGGGGGAGGGUCCAGCCCCCCACCCAUUCGCAUCUCUUCCCUUUGGCUUUGGCAAGCGCAGCUGCAUGGGAAGACGCCUAGCAGAGCUAGAGCUGCAGAUGGCUUUGGCCCAGAUCUUGACACAUUUUGAGGUGCUGCCUGAGCCAGGUUCUACACCAAUCAGACCCAUGACCCGGACUGUCCUGGUACCUGAGAGAAGCAUCAACCUACAGUUUGUGGACAGAUAGUCCUGUGGAAGGAAGCUGUGCUCAUCACCCUUGCUCUCCCCAUAGGGGUUUUAUUAGGCGCAAAGCCAAGGAAGGGCUACACAUCUUCCCCUUGAAGUCUCCCUGGCCAGAUGGGACAACCUCAGCAAAGUGCGUGAGGCAGCCCUGACCAAGUGCAGCGUGCACUUGGCCUGACUCAGUAGGUCUGGAGAAAAACCACGGUCCUUCCUCUCUCUGCCUGCUUGGCCUUUCUCCUGCUCGUAUGUGCAUCCUUCAAGGGCCAGCUCAGACUUUAACAAAUAACGCUGGGUGUCCUGGGGGAAGGAUUCAACCACUGCCCUUUGUGCUUCCACCAUGUUCGUGUUCGUUGCUGCUGCUGGCUAAGCGUUUAUCAUGGUACGAGCUAAGUAACUGUGCAUCUGGUCUGUACCUGCUUGGUCCUCCUCCAUUGCAUGUGAGUUCUUUGAGAGGAAGGAUGAGCCCUUAUUUGACCUAUAUAGCCCCUGCCAGAGCCUAUUCCUGACUAGGUGACACCAUGCACCUUCUCAGAUGGAAGCUAGACCAUGUGGCAGAAGGAUAAACAGCUUACCAGGCCCUGUCUCCCCGUUUCCUUCUUCAUUUUUGCCCCUAGGAAAGUGAAUUGGCCCCCCAGGCCUCUGCCUUUUUUUUUUAGAUUGAAAACAUUAAAUACUUGUUAUGUUUUGUAAUAAAAAAAAUCAAAUGA